ACAACAUGGCGGCCGCGCGCUGCCUGGGCUCGCCGCUGUCACCGCUAUGGAGGCUGUGGCAGGCUCGGGGGUUGCCACAAAAUUCGGCCGCGGGCUGGUGCUCGCGAGGGAGGCCUUACUCCCGCACUGCCCUCUACGAGAUGCUGGGCGUCCCCUCCACGGCCACGCAGGCGCAGAUCAAAGCGGCGUACUACCGGCAGAGCUUCCUCUACCAUCCUGAUCGCAAUCCCGGGAGCCCCGAGGCCGCCGAACGCUUCACGCGCAUCGCCGAAGCUUAUCGGGUCCUGGGCAGCACCAUCCUCCGUCGCAAGUAUGACCGAGGUCUGCUCAGCGACCAGGACCUGCGCGGACCCGGUGUCAGGCCCUCUAGGACACCCCCGGACGAUCCCCCUCCUCCUCCUCGUCCUCCUCCCCAUGCCCCUCGGGCUCACUGUGGCUCUCGGGCCUUUCCUGGCGACCGUCGCACUAUGUUCGACUUUGACGCCUUCUACCAGGCGCACUAUGGAGAACAGCUAGAAAGAGAGCGACGUCUGCGCGCCCGGAGGGAGGCCCUUCGCAAAAAGCAGGAGGACCAAGCCAACAAGGGGCUACGCUGGGAUGAUACCCGAGAUGCCACUUUCUUUGUCCUCCUUUUCCUCAUCUUCGUCUUCGUCGGCUUUCGUAUUUAAUCAGAGAAACAGGGAAGGGGAACCAGCCCAAGAAACUUGCCUUUCUUGACCUUUGAACUAUUGGUCUUGGAAUGAAUUGACUACCUCUGGUGGCGUUCCCUUGACUCUCCUAGCACCUUCCCAGCCUGGCUGGUGAUCAACACAGCCUUCUCCUAUGGUCCAGAAAAAAAAAAAAAAAGCUCUUUCAUGGCCAAGAAAGAGGCCCAGGAGAAAGAUAAUCGAAAACCAGGAAUGUACAUGCUUUCCAGAGCCCCCCCCCCCCCCCCCCGUGCCUGCUUGGUUCUAGAAGUUGCCUUCCAGAUGUCAACUCCCAGAACAAGUGCUCUGGUUUUAUCCGAAAGCCCCUAGCAAGCCUUGUCUGGUCCCCUACCUCAUGUUUAUUCCAUGGGGCAGCACUUCCUCUGUAACCCUUGAACCGUGCCAAUCUUUUUGUCCUCUGUCAAAAAGAUUAAUUCUUGGGGCUUGCCUGAAACUUGUCUUUCUGUGUUACCCCAAGCCACAGGUGAGACUUGAUCAACGACCCCACAGAUGCUGGGGAUGUAGCUCAGUGAGAGAAUGCUAGCAUGCAGCAGGCACUGGGUUUGGUUCCCAGCAUUGCAGUUGUCCUGUGUCCCCUUUCCCCUCCAAGAAAAAAGCUAGUGAAAGAUUGCCAUUUUCUUAUGUCUGUUCCACACCGCCUCUGUCACGUGGGAACCAGGAAGCAAAGUCCUUGAGUAAGAGGAAUGUGUUCCUGUGCUCAGACUUAUCUAGGGUGUGACCUUGGGGAAGGUGCCCUGUGGGUGUGAUGGCAGAAGAGUAAAUAAUUUGCUCUCCUGAGGUCUACCACUAUUUAAUAUUCUACUCACGGUGGUGAUGUAGGGUGAUGCUACUUAGGCCAAGUUCUUGGGACAGUGUUCCUGUCCUUGGUCUGCCUUUUCCUAGCCACUUGCAUUGCCGACUGAGCAGUCUGCUGACUGUGACAAGACUUAGCCCCUUGAGUGUGGCCCAUGCAUCUGCAGUGCUGAUCAGAGGUGCCAUGAGUCAAAUCUUUCUAACAGGCUCUUGGAUUAUGUGAGUAAUUUUGGGUCCUGGAGUAGAAGCAGCAGGAAGCUUACUAAUUAAGAUGGAGUUGAAGUCCAGAUUGUAGUACAGGCCUCUAAUCCACAGAGGAAGCUGAGGCUGGAGGAUUGUGACCAGCUACAUAGCAAGGCUUGUCUUUAAUAAAGAUAAGACAAGCAUGCUGAUUCACAUUUUUAAUCAGCGCUACAUAGUGAGACUGAGACUCUUAAUCUCAGGGUUGUGGGUUUGAGUCCCAUGUUGGGUGCCGGUUGUAGACAAAAAUUUCUGUCCUACCUGUUUCUGCAGUUGUUCAGUCCUAAAGAAACACACAGAGACUUAUAUUAUAAACUGUUUGGCCUAUUGCUCAGGCUUAUUACUAACUGGCUUUUACAAUUUAAAUUAACCCAUAAUUCUUAUCUAUGUUUAGCCACGUGGCUUGGUACCUUUUCUCAGUAAGGCAUUCUCAUCUUGCUUCCUUCCUCUGCUUCUGGCUGGUGACUGACUGUCUGCCUUUCCUCUUCCCAGAAUUCUCUUAGUCUGGUCACCCCACCUAUACUUCCUGCCUAACUACUGACCAAUAAGUGUUUUAUUAAACUAAUACAAGUGACAAAUCUUUACAGUGUACAAGAGCAUUAUCCCACAGCAUAAGACCCUGUCUCAAGAAAAAAAAAAGAUACAAAAAAAAAGUUGAAAAAUAGGUUCCUUAUAUGCUGCUGACCAAGGAUUGUAAUGAGUUUUUUAGGGGGGAGACUUGUCAUUUAGAUUUGGGGAAAUUUUUGUUGUUUUGUUUUGUUUUUUGAGGUAGUGUCUAGUAACCCAGGCUGAUCAUGAAAUCUCUUUGUGCCUGAUCAUGAACUCUUGACCCUUUGUUUUUGUUUUUGUUUUGUUUUUGAUACAGGGUUUUCCUGUGUAACCCUAGCUGUCCUGGAACUCGCUCUGCUCUGCAGACCAGGCUGGCCUCAAACUCAGAGACAGCUGCCUGCUUCUGCCUCCCUGAGUGCCCACCCAGCUUUCUGCCUCCACCUUCUGAGUGCUGGCACACUCAGAAGUACACAGGUGUGUAACACCAUGACCCUGUUAGUUUUCUGGGUUUGGGUUUUCUUAUACCAAGCAGUUAGUAGUAACUUGUGGUCAGAACUACAGUAGUCCUGUGGUCCCCUUACAUCUGACUCACACUGGCAAUGGGCUAGGACAUCCUGAGUGCAGGGGCACACUGGGGCCGUGUGCAAAGCCAAGAAAGUAGAGAUCCACAGCAGAGCUCAGGAUGUGGCUCAGUUGAUGCACAGGUCCUUGGGUUCCACAUCCAGUACCCUAUAAACCAGGCUGGAUGGUGCUGUAAUCUCAACAUUUUUUCAAAUCACGGACAGGCCUAGAACUUUCCAUCCUCUGCCUCAGUCUCCUGAGUGCUAGGAUUUCUGGCAGGGGCCACACACCCACAGGGGUAUAGGAGGUUUUCUGAAGGACUACCACAUGGUGGCUUUCUCCUCCCAGGACUGUAGUGAGUUUUCCCUUUCCCUACUUCCUGGAUGCCCUAGCAAGAGGGUAAACUUGGCAGUGGCCAUUACCCCUGCCUCUGUGGCUCUUGCCCAGUCUGGCAAUGGAGGGCGUGGUUGAAGGGGCAAGUACAGAGCAAGGCUGAAUACACAGCAGGCAUGGGGCUAAAUCGUGUGGACCCAGUCAAGAAGAUAGGAAACAAAGAUCCGUGCAGCUGGUGAUUGUCUUUUAGACGGCUAAAAUGGGCAAACUGGGCCAAAUGCCCUCCUAGUGACCACAGUGUUUGCACAACCAGAUUCCUUCCUUCUGAAUUCACAUGGUGCAUCUUUGGCUUCCAUCUUGGCUCCAGUAUUAGUUAGGAUAGGAUGUGAUAGCAUGUAUAUAUCCCAGCAUGUGGCAGGCUGAAGGGAGACAGGUCUCAGUUUAAGGCCAGCCUACGCUAUGUAGUGAGACCCUGUCUCAAAAAAGGGUAGAAGCUGGAUGUGGUGGUGGACACAUGUAUUCCCAGCACUGGAGAAGCAGGAGGAUGACCCACGAGUUUGUGAACCAGCUGGGUUGACAUAGUUUCAAGCCAGCUAGGGCUGCAUAGUGAGGUCCUGUUUCAAAAAGAGGAAAGGGAGUGGGGUAGACCCAUGAAUGGCCCCAAAGGUUAAGGAGUUUGUCUUGUUCUCUCCCGGGACCUACAUGUUGGAAGGAGAGAAGGGACCCCAGAGCUUCUAACGUCCACAUAAGUGCAGUGGCAUGUGCAUGGGUGUGCAUGUGCACCCACAUACCUCACACAGACUGAAUAAGUACUUGUUAUUAAAAGAGAUGUGUAGCUUUGGGCCAGGGAGUUGUUCUCAGUCACGACUGACUCAGGAGAUCCCCGCAGCACCAGGGGGAUGGUCACCAACACUCGUUUUGUGAAACAGGGUCCUGUAUCUUGAACCUGUGUGCUUCCUGGGAGGUCACCAGACCCCACGAAGGGAGAGAAGGAACAGCUGACAAGUCACUGGGCCCUCUUGGCCAUUGUCUGUGGGGAGGUUGGAGAAAAGUGGGAAUGUGGCUCAGCCGGCAGAGUGUACGCCCUGGCUUCCGCCUACAGCACAACUGGUACCGAGCAUGGUGGUGGCCCCUGUAAUCACAGCACUCGGCGAAGGCAAGAGGAUCCGAAGCUCAGUGUCAUCCUAAGGCACAGAGAAUUGAAGGCUAGCCUAGGCUACA